CUUGUUUACCUCCCUCUUUUCUUUCUUCUCUUUUUUCGCAGUUCUUCAGUCUCGAUUAGCCCAAUCCCAACCCACAUCACUGGCCACCAUCAACUUGCAGUCGAGAUGUUCGGCCCAAAGCAAAGCCUCGACUCACAAGCACGCCCACUGAGUAAGGUUGACUAUUCUAAUCCUAACGAUGAUAUCCUCAAUGAGGACUAUGAUCAUCCACACCAAUCAUCACAUCAGGCCUCCCCACAUUCGACCAAAUUCCAAACUGAGAAACUUCCUUCUUCGAAACCACGCACCAAACCCUGGGUCAAAUUCGGUCUCCCUGCCGUCCUCCUAGCCAUCAUCCUCGCCAUCAUCCUCGGCGCCGUUCUGGGCAGUCGCCAGCACUCCAACAAGGAUGGCGAUCCGGCCUCCAUUGGCUCCUUGUCCUCGGCCGGCGCCGGUUCCAGUGCUGGAAAGGAUACCAACCAUGUCCUCUUCUCCGGAUACAACUCCUACGGGGUCCCCCAAUACCCUUCCUCGGCCAGCCAACUCUUCAACACCCCGCCCACCUUCUCAAGCUCGGCUAACCUUGGAUGGGGUACCGACCCCAAUGCGCCCGACAAAUCCGGCUCCUCCGUCCGCCAGGACCAUCCCAGACUCUUCGCACCCGCCUACAAGUGGGAACGUCUCCCCGCUCUCAUCAAAGUCGACCCCUACCUCAAAUCCUGGAACGAUACCAUCUUUGCCAAUGCUACCUUGCUCUACAACAUGGAGCCCACUAAUUACUCCAUCGAUGGUGGCUACAGUGGCUCUGGUGUUUUAGAUGUCGCCAGAGAAGUCCAGCUCCGUCUCAAACAUUGGGCCUACGCUUAUCGUACCACUAAGGACACUAAGUGGGUCGAUCGCGCUUGGAGAGAACUUUCAGACUGCCGCGGGUAACACUACUCAACCCUUCGGGAGAACUGGCAACAAUUGGAAUACCGAUCAUUGGCUCGACGUGGCUGAAUUCACUAUCGGAUUUGCGAUUGCGUAUGACUGGAUGUACGAAGCCUGGACGGCAGAGCAAAGGAAUGCGAUUAUGUGGUCGAUCAUCAACCUGGGCUUACAGAAAGGGAUCCAAUCACAUGCGACCAAUGCCUGGUUCUUGACCACCAAUGGGAACUGGAACUGUGUGACGAACGGGGGGAUGGUCGUGGGAUCCUUGGCGAUCAUGAACGAGGAUCCCACGGGGACGGCCUCCAAACUGCUCCCCUUGGCCCUCCAAUCCGCCGCCACUAAUUGCGUUAAUGCUGUCUCGCCUGACGGCACUUGGAGCGAGACCGCCGACUAUUGGUACUUUGGAUCCCAAGGACAUGCUCAUAUGGCCUCGGCUUUACAAACUGCCACCGGAAGUACCCAUCAAAUGUUGACGGCUAACCCCUCCUUCAAUCUGACCGGUCUCUACCACAUGUAUGUCUAUGGUAACACUUUCAAAGCCAAUACCGGCGAUUGUGGACCCAACAAAUACAUCGCUACUGCUAAUCCAAUGCUUUACUAUGGAGAUCAGUUCCAAAUUCCUCGAUACAUUCUUUACCAACGCGAUCGAGCGGAUGCGGCGGAUCCAUUGAGCAUGUUUUGGUAUAACCCACAAGCCUCAGGGGGGUGGUUUAUCGACCUCCCCUUAGACCACAACUUUGGAGACCCGAGUGACAGUUGGGUGUCGAUGCGCUCCUCAUGGACGAACACGGAUGGGGUGUUUGCGUCGGUCAAGGCGGGCAAUCUGACGGGCCAUCAGACCCAUGGAAACCUGGAUGCAGGCGACUUGACCUUGGACGCGAUGGGCGAACGGUGGGUCGGACAGCUCUGUCAGAACGAUUAUCUCGGCGCCGGGUACUUCUCUUCCGAAGGUCUCAACAGUCAGAGAUGGCUCUACUAUCGAUGUCGGACCGAGGGCCAAAACACGAUUCUUUUGGGCGGCUUGAACCAGAAUCCAACUUCCGUUAAUCCUGUGCUCAAGUUUGAAACGACUGGAGAAGUCCAGAAUAAUAUCAACUUUAAUGUGAAUUCGGGCCAAUCUACGGCCUAUUGGAUCGCCGAUCUCUCCGAGGCUUAUAAUGGCACCAACGUCAAGAGGGGAUUGAGGAUGAUCAAUGGGCGCUCUCAGGUGCUUGUCCAGGACGAAAUCGCCGCCUCGCCGCUCGCUGCUCAAUGGCGGAUCCACACGAAUGCUACGAUCAAUAUCGCCGGUGACGGGAUGACUGCCAAUAUGAACUUGAAUGGGAAACAAAUGGUAGCGACGAUCCUAUCGCCUGCGGGAACCAAGUUCACCACUUUGGAUCCGAUCCGAUUGCCCAGCUCGCCUCCGGUCCCUUCAGGCUCGCCUGACCUCCCUAACCCUGGAGUGAAAGUGCUCGCCAUCGAUCUUCCCGCUUCGGCUAACGCUGGAUCCAUAGUCUCGGUCUUGUUUAGUCCCCAGUGGAAAGACACUUCGGCGGCCGCUUCGAAGUCUACUAAGGUCGUCCCGCUCGAUCAGUGGAGCUUGUCUUCUCAUAAUUAAGAUCCCCUCAACCCCCCCCGUUUUUGUUCUGUGGCCUUCUUUUCGAUUUUUUUUUUUUUUUUUGAAUCGGUCUUUUUCUUUUUUUGUUUGGUUAGAAUGAACAACAAAAAAGAUAGGUUGGCAGCUUGAUUGGUUAAGACAUUAGAGGGAAGAAAGAAAGAAAGAAAGAAAGAAAACAAGGUCAAGAAUAAGGAGAUCAAGAAGCAGGAGUCAAUCGACUAUUCAUUCGGACCUUGACUCUGGUGCUUGUUUUUAUCCUCAGAAACAAAAAAAACAAAUACAACAAAUCAUCCAACUUUCUCUCCUUCUACUUUACUACUUUACUACUUUACUACUUU